UCUGGUUAGGUUGAUUCGCUCAGGGACAGCUGCUGAGAGAAACGGUCACGUAGAGCCAAAUAUAUAUAUAUAUUUUUUACUUGUUUAGAGACAUAUUUUUUGUAUGUUAAUUUGCCUAUGGCACAACACACACUUGGUCAUUCGGUAGUCAGCUUUUAAAGGGGAUGAAAAGGCUCAAGAGGAAGAAACAAAACGCAGGAGUUGGGGUGGAUGGGAAUGGAUCUAUCACAAGAGAUUGUGGGAGGAAACAGAAGUUGGCAGAGAUCCACCAGGCUUUGAUCAGUGAUCCAGUCGACAUUGAGACCCUAAGGAGAGCAGCAGCCAGCAAGGGAGGCCUUCUCACAGACGAACUAAGGAGGAAAGUCUGGCCCAAGCUACUGAAUAUCAAUGUGUACGAUCUACCACAUAAACCUGGUCAAGAUGUGAGGGAGAACCACAAGGACUACAACCAAGUAGUCCUGGAUGUCAGGAGGUCCACGAAGCGGUUCCCUAAAGGUAUGCCAGCCACAGAGAGAGCUGUGCAUCAGGAGCAUCUCAUUGGCAUCAUACUGGAGGUUUUGAAACGCAACCCUCAGCUCCAUUACUACCAAGGCUACCAUGAUGUGGCCGUCUCUUUGCUGCUGGUAGUUGGGGAGCGGAUGGCCAUCGCCAUGCUGGAGACACUGUCCAAUUAUCAUCUCAGAGAUUUCAUGGAUCCUACUAUGGACAGCACUAAACACAUUUUAAACUACCUGAUGCCCAUAUUGGAACAGGUUGAUACAGAACUACAUGACUUCAUGAUCAGAGCGGAGGUGGGAACCAUAUUUGCACUGUCCUGGCUCAUUACAUGGUACGGCCACGUGCUGUCAGAGUUCAAACACAUCCUGAGACUCUACGACUUCUUCCUGGCCUCACACCCACUGAUGCCCAUCUACCUUGCCGCUACGAUUGUGUUGUACAGAGAGAAGGAGGUGAAGCAGACAGAGUGUGACAUGGCCAUGGUUCACCACCUCCUCUCCCGCAUACCCCAGGAUCUUCCAUACGAACAUCUGAUUGGCCAGGCUCAGGACCUGUUCGACCAGUACCCUCCAUCUUUACUGGCCAAGCGGGCAGCACUGCAGUCUCGGAAAAGUCUGUCCAUCAGCACCUUCCAGGCCUUUCAGCUCUCCACCCUUCACCAGAGGCCCGACUCUGUUCUCCAACGCCUCACCAAGGCCCAGGGCUCCACCACCUCCAGACAUGGCCUGGCAGCAGCUUUGCCGCGGGACCAAGGCCAGCCGUGGGGGAAGGCGAGCAGGAUGGUGAAGAUGGCAGUGUGGGGGCUAUCUGCUACGCUAGGGGCGGCCGUGUUCGCUGUGGCUCAGACGGCUAUGGACUGGGGACCUGAGAUGUUACUACAACUGUUCUGAUGUGGCGGUGGGGAUUUAGACUGAGAGACACACACACUGACACAUGGUGACAGCAGACACACAUCUGCUCUUCAGUUGGAAUAACAAUAAACGAACAUACAUGCACAAAAAAAGAUGCUGAAGACUUGAAGCCACUUGUUGAAGCAGGAGGAGGUCAGUUAUCCCGGUGCCAAACAGGUUGUUGUUAAUCAACCAUGAUGAACAUAUGUUAACCACUAUCCAGCCUCAGGAUGUCUGUGCAUAUGUGUGCGUGCAGAUGUAUGUGUGUUGUAUGUUUCUGAGCAACAUGUCAGAUAUACCACAUGUGAACAGUGAUGGAUAACUGAACAGGCCUAAUGUUUUUUGAUUGAAACUACGCUUGGGCCCCUGGGCCAGAGCCUCUGUGUGAAGUGACAGUAAACAUUUCUUUUUGAAAAGUCAAUCAAAUGACCACAAAAAGAGACAGUGACACAAAACGGCCGCAAAGAAAUGCAAAACUACUCAAAAGAGAGGCAAAGCAGCUACAAAGAAAUGCAGAUCAACCACAAAGAGACUCAAAAGACCAGAGACACGCAAAAUUACCAGAGACAUGCAAAACGACCAAAAAGAGACUCAAAACAACCACAAAGAAAAGCAAAACAUCUACUAAAGACACUGAACAACCACAAAUAGACACAGAACAACCACAAAAGACACAAAACGACCACGAAGAGAAUCAAAAUGA